GACAGAUGGGAAGAAAUCAACUUAGUAUUUUUGUCUUUUUUGAGAUUUGAACCUGAGACUUCAUGGUUUUCUUCCCACUUCAUUGACUACUAGGCCACACCCUUGGGUGCUGUUGUAGUUGAAAUGUUAUUUCCCUUUAUUAUAAAAAGCUCUUAUCUGUGGACGAAGUGCUCUGUGGUUAGUGGGGGUAGAGGAGAACGUGAAAUAAAAGCAUAAAAUUGAUGCUUGAGAGUGAGUGUUAAGAAGAAAAAGAAUGUUUUAGUGGACAGGAUGGGGUAAAUAGCCUGGAAACAGCGCGAGAAGUUAUCUUUUGCAGUGUUUUCUCUAGGUGGUGGAAGGAGGCACAGGAUUCAGCAGCAUCAGAUGGGAAGUCGGCGACCUUGUAUGCAGUGGCACCAGCUCCAUCUUAUGGAGGGCCAAUGAAAAUCAUUAACAAUAUAUUUAGCCCAGACGUCGCAUUUAACUUGAGGAGAGAGGAGGAAUCUUUAUCACAGAGUCAGGAGAAUGGUGAAGUUGGGGUAUCCGGCCGGGACUAUGCUUUGGUCCCCGGCGACAUAUGGCUGCAGGCACUCAAAUGGCACAGUAACUCUAAAGCUGCCGCUAAGAAUGGAAAAAGCUUUUCAGCGACAGAUGAGGAUAUUGCGGAUGUCUAUCCUUUACAGCUGAGGCUUUCUGUUUCGCGGGAGACCAGCUCCUUGGGAGUCAGGAUAAGCAAAAAGGACAAUUCAGUUGAAUGCUUUAGAAGAGCCUGCAGAAUUUUUAGUGUGGAUACAGAACCCUUACGGAUUUGGGAUUUGUCUGGGCAGACGGAGUUGUUUUUUGCAAAUGAAAAUAAUAAAAUGAUCAAGGACUCUCAGAAGCAGUCAGAGCAAGAUCUGCUCUUGGAGUUGCAGGUUUAUGGGCUAUCAGAUUCUGUUAAAAAUAAAGCAAAAAAGGAUGAGAUGUCAAUGCAAUACCUUAAUGGUUCUUCUCUUCUGAUGAAUGGUACUGGCAGUGGUAUAACCUCUAAUCUCACCAGGAGCAGUUCGUCAUCCUUUUCUGGAGGUCCAUGUGAAGCUGGUACCUUGGGAUUGACUGGAUUGCAAAACCUAGGGAACACCUGUUUCAUGAACAGUGCUCUUCAGUGCCUUGCACAUACGCCAAAGCUCGUUGAUUACUUUCUCGGGGACUACAAGAGAGAAAUAAAUCAUGACAACCCAUUGGGAAUGAAUGGAGAAAUUGCCUCUGCUUUUGGGGACCUUUUGAAGAAAUUAUGGGCUCCUGGAGCGGCUCCUGUGGCACCUAGAACAUUCAAAUUAAAGCUCGCUCAUUUUGCUCCUCAAUUCAGCGGCUUCAAUCAGCAUGAUUCUCAGGAGGUCUUAGCUUUUCUAUUGGAUGGACUCCAUGAAGAUUUGAACCGCGUCAAGAAUAAACCUUAUGUUGAAUCUAAGGAUGGAGAUGAUCGUCCAGAUGAAGAAAUCGCUGAUGAAUACUGGGACUAUCAUCUGGCUCGUAAUGAUUCCAUCAUAGUGGAUGUGUGCCAAGGUCAAUAUCGUUCCACAUUGGUCUGUCCUGUUUGCAAAAAGGUCUCCAUCAUGUUUGAUCCAUUCAUGUAUUUGUCACUGCCUCUGCCAUCUACAUCUACGAGGUCGAUGACUCUCACAGUUAUAAAAAGUGGCAGUGAUAUUGAGAUAUCUACAUUUACAAUAACUGUUCCCAAGGAUGGAAAGCUUGAAGAUCUAAUUCGUGCUUUGAGCACUGCGUGCUCGUUGGAGGCUGAUGAGACCCUUUUGGUGGCUGAGAUAUACAACAACCGCAUUAUACGUUACCUUGAGGAUCCAGCCGAUUCAUUAUCCUUAAUAAGAGAUGGUGACCGACUUGUUGCAUAUCGGUUGCACAAGGGUACUGAAGAAGCCCCCUUGGUUGUGUUUACACAUCAACAGAUUGAUGAGCAUUAUACAUACGGGAGGCUGACUUCAAGUUGGAAGGCAUUUGGUAUUCCACUUGCCGCACAUUGUAGAGUUCUUAAAGGAUCUGAUAUCUAUAGUCUUUAUAUGCAGUUGCUCACACCAUUCUUAGUCCAAAGUAGAGCCCAGACAGAUGAGCAUAACUUCGAUAGAAGUUCUACUGAAGUACGUGCAGACAUGGAACCUGACGACUCAAGAGUAAAUGGGUUUCCAGAAAGCUUUGCUGAAGAAAAUGUUGCCGAACAUUUAGAUACGGAAUUUCAUUUUUACCUAUCAGAUAAUAAGGCAAGCUCUGAGAUUGUAAUGGACCAGCCAUUACAGUCCGCAGAUGUCCCUGGAAGGUUAAAUGUUCUUGUAAAUUGGUCACCUAAAAUGCUUGAACAAUACAAUACGAGCAUUUUCAGCUCACUGCCAGAAGUUUUCAAAGCUGGGUUUUUUGGCAGAAGACCACAAGAAUCUGUCUCAUUCUAUAAAUGUCUCGAGGCAUUUCUGAAGGAAGAGCCCCUAGGGCCAGAAGAUAUGUGGUUCUGCCCUGAAUGCAAGCAGCAUCGCCAAGCCACUAAGAAGUUGGAUCUUUGGAGACUGCCGGAAAUUCUGGUCAUCCACCUGAAGAGGUUCUCAUACAGCCGGUUUCUGAAGAACAAGUUGGAGACGUAUGUUGACUUCCCCACUCAUGAUCUUGAUUUAUCCUCGUUUAUGGCGUUCAAGGAUGGAAAAUCUUCCUAUCGGUAUAUGCUUUAUGCAAUUAGCAACCAUUAUGGAAGCAUGGGAGGGGGUCACUACACUGCGUUUGUUCAUCAAGGUGCUGAUCGGUGGUAUGACUUCGAUGACAGCCAUGUGUCUCCCAUCAGCCAAGACAAGAUCAAAACCUCAGCCGCCUAUGUUCUGUUUUAUAGACGAGUUGAAGAAAUCUAAUGUUAGACGAUAGUGUUACUAAACAUCAAGGCUUGGUUUAUCUUUUCGCAAAGCCUUAUAGGAAUCGUUUUGAUUACAACAUUCUUUGACCUUUGGCAUCAUCUAGUUUAGUUGUAAUUUUGGAUCAAAAAGAAUCUAGUGGAGUGGGAAUAAGGAUUAUGUAGAAUUGUAGCAAAGAGGGAAAGAAAUUAAGGUUCUUAUUUACAUAGCCGUUUUGAAUAGAAGAUAUUUUCCUUUUAUUUUUCCUGCAGAUAAGAAAGUAGUUUGGAACAGAUUGCUUAUGCACCUCCUGCUAUAUAAGUUUUGAGAAGAGGAAACAAAAAGGGUAAGUUCUUUUCUGA